UUGCAGAUAGCGAGGCUUCCUCCUUGGAGGGGGGAGGCUUUUCGCAUUCCAAGGUCCACCUUUUGGAUGCUCUUUUCUGCGAACUCUGCAAAUGCAGCACCCGCCCACCCCUGCCAGUUUGCACAGGGGCUGGGCUGACCCUAUCUUAGCAUCAGCGAAUGAUUCCCCUCUGCCGCUCAGGAGCGUGCUGCGUUUAAAAGACUAUCCUAGAGUAGGCAAGGCUGACUGGAGAGCCGCGCCUGCUAUGGGGAGAUUCUUUGGGGCUGCAGCUCUCUUCCUUUUCCUCUUCCAGCCUGCGAGCCCCUUCUGGCUCUUAAAUGUGCUCUUCCCACCCAGUUCCACCCCGGAAGCGGCUCUCUCCAACAACACCCCGCCUGUGGUGCUUGUGCCUGGUUGCCUUGGGAACCAAUUAGAGGCGAAGCUAGACAAGCCCGAUGUGGUCAACUGGAUGUGCUAUCGCAAAACCGAGGACUACUUCACCAUAUGGCUGAACCUCAAUAUGUUCCUCCCCCUGGGGGUGGACUGUUGGAUUGACAAUACUAGAGUGGUGUACAACAAGACAACGCAGAGACUGUCCAAUGCACCAGGCGUCCAUAUCCGAGUCCCUGGGUUUGGCAAAACCUACACUGUGGAAUAUCUGGACAAGAGUAAACUGGCUGGAUAUCUGCACACCCUGGUGCAACACCUAGUCAAUAAUGGCUAUGUGCGAGAUCACACCGUGAGAGCUGCCCCAUACGACUGGAGGGUUGGACCUAACGAUCAAGAAGAAUACUUCCUCAAGCUGCGUGCCCUUGUGGAGGAGAUGCACGAUGCCUACCAGAAGCGGGUCUUCCUCAUCGGCCACAGCCUGGGCAACCUCCACCUCCUGUACUUCCUGCUCCAGCAGCCACAGGCCUGGAAAGAUCAUUUUGUCCAAGGCUUCAUCUCGCUGGGAGCUCCCUGGGGGGGAGCUGUGAAGACCAUGAGGGUCUUGGCUUCAGGUGACAACCAAGGGAUCCCGCUCAUGUCCAGCAUCAAGCUGCGUGAAGAACGGCACAUGACUACCAACAAUCCGUGGUUGUUCCCAACUGGAAUGGCUUGGCCCAAGACCCACAUCUUCAUCUCUACCCCAUCCUACAACUACACCCUUCGCAACUACCGCCGCUUCUUCACUGAUGUCAAAUCUGAGGAUGGCUGGCACAUAUGGAAUGACACUAAAGACCUGCUGAAAGGACUGCCCCCUCCAGGUGUCGAGAUGUACUGCCUGUACGGUACUGGCCUGCCCACUCCAGAGACCUAUAUCUAUGACGACAGCUUCCCCUAUGAGGACCCCGUGGACAUACUGUACGGUGACGGGGACGACACUGUCAACAGGCGCAGUCUGGAGCUGUGUAAGCGGUGGCACGGCCAGCAGAAAGAAAGGGUGCAUGUCGUGGAGUUGCCUGGGGUUGACCACUUAAGCAUGGUCUUUGAUAACCUGACCCUGAACUACAUCAAUGAAAUCUUGCUUGGAAACUUUGGGAAUGCUACAGCGGCAGAGGAGGAAAGAGGAGAUGGAGAGAAAGGCCCCUUGGAAACACACCCCAAGCUGAAUGAAAGAAGCGAAUGAUGUCUCCAGCACCCCAAGGCCCUCCAAGACAUCUGCUGGGAACAGAACCAAAUGGCGGCCUGUUUUUAUAUUAAAUGGCUUCUGCACCAUUUAGUUUGGGAUGAAGUACAUUCUACUAUGGUGGGGAAGCCUGGACACUCUU